UUAAGAUGGCUGCUUAUGCAGCUCUGGUUUCUCUUAUGCAUAUCAUAAAUGAUAUUGAAACUCACCCUUCCCCUCCGAUUUCUCUCGACAAGAAACAAGUGGAAUCUCUCGUAGAAAUAGUUACCUUCUUGCAGGAAUUUCUCGAGUGCUACAAAUCACCCUAUGACUACAGCGACGAAGCAGAUCCAUUGGAGAUUCGCAUUAUGGAUGCAAGUCAUACAGCUGAAGAUGUGAUUGAGUCCUAUAUCAUUGACACCAUUCAAGUUACUUCAGUAGCAACAACUGAUGAUGGUGCUGAUGAACAAAUCAGUUGCAUCCACUUCUAUCAAGAUCUGCAAAAUGUGAUAGAAGAAAUUGAUUCGAUCAAGAAAGAGGUGGCUGGGAUCACUAGGGAGAAGGUAGUUCACCAUAGAAACUCGGGUUCUGAUGAUGCCGGUUUAAGAUCCAAUUCCACUGAGAAGAACCAUCGCAUGGUAGGGUUUGAUGGUGUGCUGCUUGAGCUCUUGGAAAGGCUUGUUAGAGGACGUGCCAGGCGCCAAAUCAUCCCUAUAGUAGGGAUGGGUGGCAUCGGAAAAACCACUCUUGCAAAAGGUGCGUUUGAACACAAGCUUUGUAAGGAGCAUUUUGAUAUAUGUGUUUGGACUACCAUUUCUCAAGAUUAUAAUAUCGGAGAAACUCUUAGGCAAGUACUCACUCAAGCUAGAGGGUACUUGAGCAAAGAGAGUGAAAAAGACUUGGGAGAAAUACUUUACAAAUAUUUAUCAGGUAGGAGAUAUCUCGUUAUAAUGGAUGACAUGUGGAGCAUAGAGGUCUGGGAUAAGAUGAAGUUUUUCUUUCCUGAAUACAAUAAUGAGAGUCGAAUAAUAGUGACAACUAGAAUGUCAAACUUAGCUGCCCACUUGACUGAUUCCAAUAGCCUCGUUAAGAUUGAAUUUCUAGAUGAGGUUAGUAGUUGGACUUUGUUCUCCAAAACUGUAUUUGGGGAACAAAGUUUUCCUACUCAUCUCGAGAGUAUUGGAAAGAAAAUUGUGGAAAAGUGUAAUGGACUUCCUUUGUCUAUUGCUGUGGUAGGAGGUCUAAUGGCUAAAUCCGAACUUACACUAGAAUAUUGGGAGCACAUAGAGAAAAACUUAACCUUCAAUAGUGAAUUCAGAGAAUGAUGAUUAUUGCUUGAGAAUAUUGAAAUUGAGCUAUAACCACUUGCCUGCUUAUCUAAAGCCUUGUUUUCUCUAUAUGGGAGUGUUUGAGGAAGACGGUGAAAUUUAUCCUUCAGAAAUCGUCCGACUAUGGGUUUCUGAAGGAUUUCUUAAACCAAUAGACAACAAGAGCUUGACAAAAAUUGCUGAACAGUACUUGAAAGAGCUAGUGGAUAGAAAUCUCAUUCUAGUUCAUGAGUCGAAGAUACUUGGUGAUGUAAUAUGCUACAAAAUUCACGAUUUACUUAGAGAUCUAUCUAUAAAAGAAGCAGAAAAACAGAGGUUUUUUUAUGUAUUGAGGGAAGAAAGUCCUCAGGGACUAAUUAGCCAACAACGUAUUGUUAUUCCUACAAGCACUUCAGAGGAGAAAAUCCAAGAUGCCUUGGAAUAUAUGCCCCAUGCUCGUUCUUAUCUAGUAUUUGGUAAUCAAACAGUUGGUCAAUUCUCAAAUUCUAGAUUUUUGAGGUUAUUGCAUUCGGAUAAUUGGAAUAGUGAAGCGGAGUAUUCACAACUAAAUGUGUUUAAGUUGAUGAACUCGCGAUACCAUAGGUUUGUAAUUAUUAAUAAGAAGUUUGUAAUUCCUUCUUCCAUCAAUCUGCUUUGGAAUUUAGAUACACUAAUUAUUCUGGGUGGAGGAGGUUUGACUGCACCAACUGAAAUCUGGAAAAUGUAUAAACUUAGGCAUCUCGAGGUGUAUGGAUUGCAUAUCCCAGAUCCUUCGAGCGCGGACGAUGACAUUAUUAUGAUGGAGAAUCUAGAAGUGAAGAUGUUGUUAAAAGAAUUCCGAAUAUCAAGGAAUUGUGUAUGACAUAUGAUGGACAGCUAAUUGAUGGAGUGAACUAUUUGAGCUGUCUUCACUGUCUUAGUAAACUGGAAUCCUUGUCGUUGUGGUCCCACUCCCCUGAUAUUGGAAAGUAUCUACAGAAGAUCAACUUCCCACCCUCCCUUAAAGAGUUGUUUCUCGAGCUAGAAAGUGAUUUGGAGUGGGAGGACAUACUGCAAACGAUAGGUUCCUUACCACUUCUCGAGAAGCUCGUAUUAUAUGAGAGGUCGCUUCAGAAGACGUGAGUGGGAAACAAUGGAAGACCAAUUCCAGAGACUCAAGUCACUAACAUUGUAUGAUUGUGGUGAUCUAGAACACUGGACAAUGGAAGACAGCUCCCACUUUCCACUUCUUACAGAGCUUCAUCUUUCUUUGUUAAAAGAAUUGAAGGAGAUUCCAGUAGAAAUUGGAGAAAUACCAACACUCAGGUCAAUUGAUUGGAAUAUUGCAAUGAAUCGGUGGUGUUGUCAGCUAAACAGAUAUUAGAGGAACAACAGGAUUUACAUGGAGACCAACUUGACCUUCUUGUCCGCGUUAAAGUUCUGAAGGAAGAUGCAGCAUUAAUGCAGAAGUUGGCAACUUCCAAUUUUAAAGUUAAAGUGUUUUAGACUGAUGUUAUCAUAAUUAUCACUCUUCUUUUAUGUGUGUUUUCCUCCUGAUUCUAGUUAAUUAACUCUCUCUUUCGCUUUUC